CAGCGAAAUGGAGUCGUCGGAUUUUUCAUUUAUGGAUUUCGAUCUGAGUGAAGUGGCGAGCAACGGUUGUUUUCCAGUGCUAAAUAUCGCCUUAGAAAAUUUGGAUUUGUACAGUUUCGAUGUGAACUUUCCCGAUAAGAAGCGCUAUUGUUUGUUGCAUUACGCUGCCGAAAAAGGUAACGUCGAAACAACAACCAAGUUGCUUAAACUCAAAGCCUUCCCGAACGUUUUAAAUGCGGAAGGACGUACACCUCUGCACCUCGCCUGCCAACAUAAACAUCUCGUCGUCGUAAAACUUUUGCUCCAGAAUAAGGCGCUCAUAAAUGCCAGGGACUAUCGCGGCGAAACUCCUAUUUCUCUGGCAGUUAGAAAUCAAGAUCUGGCCAUAAUAAAGCUUUUAAUAUCUGAAGGAGCAGACAUAGCCUCAAGGAAUAAUAUCAAGGCGACCUUAUUGCACGUAUCCGCUGAAGUGGGCGACCGGGGUCUAGUAGAAUUUUUUAUUAGUGAAGGAUUUGAUGUAAAUUUCCAGACUGUUUGUGGAGAUACGCCCCUCACUUUAGCUAUCAAAAAUGGUAAUACUGAAGUAGUAGACACGUUAAUAAAUAGUUAUAACUGUGACUACAAUAUAACGGAUCAUAAGCAUUGCAAUUUAAUACAUAUAGCAAUAAAACAUAAGCACGUAGACACUUGCAAACAAUUAAUGCGCUUAAAAAAUAUUGAUAUCAAUGCAGUUAUCAAUUCUGAUGGAGCAUGUCCACUGCACCUAGCAGCAGAAAUAAAUUGCCCGGAAAUAAUAAAAUUACUUAUUGAAAAUCAAGCUGAAAUAAAUCGAAAAGAUUAUGAUGGUUACACCCCUUUGCACAUUGCUGCCACUUAUAAAAACAACAGCAAAGCUGUGGAAACCUUAGUGAAGCUAAACGCAAGUAUUAAUUUGAUAACAAUUAAUGGAGACUUACCUUUACAUAGAGCGGCAGCUAGUGGAAAUGAAAAAGGGGUUAUGCUGCUUUAUAGAAAGGAAUUUCUAACAUGGAGAAAUCGAAGAGGAUAUACUCCUAUAGCCCUGGCGGAGGAAAAUGGAAGAAUCUCAGUGGUGUAUUUAUUAAGAAAUUUGGAGGGUGAUGACAACAGCAGUCAUAAUGGAUUCAAGAAGCGUGUUACUUUUACUGGUAUUCCAGUUCCCAAGAGGGAGAGAAAAUCUAUCUUAGAUGAUUAGUUUAUAACCUUAUUAGAAAAGUUAGCGGUACCACUUCACUUGAUGGAGGUAUCGAAGAACUGAGACUGCAGAGAGGUUACCCCUAUGAAAAACAAAGAAUAAGGCCUCCGGUCUCUCGCAACUUGCGUCUGCCCAGCCAGGUAAAGGAGUUACUCACUGUACUGCGUAGGAGCAGAAACUAAUCAUGGAGGACUGACUCCUAUUGCACAUGGCAAAUAUAGCCAAAAAAUUCUCUCAAAUAUUAAUGUUUAUUAAUAAUAAUUUGUGUGUGAUUUCGCGGCUGUUUUUUUGUGAAACAUGAUAAUUAAUAGCCAUAUUUGGAAAUUAAAAUCGUUUCAACAUGUUUCCUAGUAUUUAUGCAAUAUAUAAAAUGACUGAAAUACCCUUAUGAGAACCUGAGAAAAAAGCUUGGUUGAUAACUUCCAAAAUAGUCUGAUAAUGAUAUGGCAUAUUAUAAACGCGAUCUUUAUUUCCAAAUAACUCUUGAUUUUCAAGCAGGAUAUACCCUG